AUGAGCAAGGAGGAACCUCAAGCUUACAUGGGUGACUUCAAUGAUAUUUUAAGUCAAGAUGAGAAGGUAGGUGUCCAUCCUCAACCAAAAAUCUGUUUAGAAACUUUUAAAAAGUUUGUUGAUGAUAAUGGCUUAAUGGAUGUUGACCUUCAAGAAAGUAGAUACACUUGGUUUAGUAAUUCUAGAAAUAAUUUUGUUACUAAGGAAAGACUAGAUAGGGUGUUAGUGAAUUGGAAAUGGCUGCAGAUGUACCAGAAUGUUAUUCUUAAGGCUGCUCCAGCUAUAAGUUCGGACCACUAUGCACUUAUUUUAGAAACUCAGCCGAGAGGACGGAUAAAAAAAGAGUUCAAGUUUGAGGCUUUUUGGGCAGAUCAUGAGGAAUGCAAAGAGGUGAUCAGGAAUAGUUGGCAACAGGAUGAGGGAAACAUGAAUCUUGCUGGAGUCAAUUCAUAA